UUGAAAGUUGUGAAGGGUGAUAGGAAGCUCAGAGCAUGAAAAAGCGCAGUUGUCUAAACCCACCGCAUGGUCGUACGACAAACUAUGCUGAAGACACUUGUCCGUUUCCAUUAAACGGCUUUAGAUACUUUGCGUCCAGAGCGCACUCUGGCUUUGUUUUCAGUCGAACCGGCAGUUGAACUGCAGACUGUUACGCUUUUGAAGACGUUAGAGGGACCCGACGGAGUUUCAAACCGGAGACAUGCGCUCUGUGGACGGACUGCUGGCUGAGUGCUGAACCCAGAGACAGACUCCAGCAACUUUGUUUCCACGCGCGUGGCGAGUACCCAGACCAGCAUCUUAUUUAAUAAAGGCGUGAAAGACUGAAAAUAUUUUUAAGAGGCAGCACGUGUAGGAUUUUCCCGAGCAAUUAAAAGUUGACUUUUGCAUGGACACGUACGUGGCUAUGGUGGAGCAAACGAACAGCACAGACGUGCCGUCCGGCGACUCCAUCGAUUCGGGGGAGAUGGACCUAGACAUGGACGCCUCACCGACCCCCGGCUCCCCAAACUCAACUGGGGAUAAAAUGGACAUCGCGUGGUGCAAGACGCCAUCCGGACAUAUCAAGAGGCCAAUGAAUGCAUUCAUGGUUUGGUCGCAGAUAGAAAGGCGCAAGAUCAUGGAACAGUCGCCGGACAUGCACAACGCGGAGAUCUCCAAGAGACUUGGCAAACGCUGGAAACUUUUAAAAGACAGCGAUAAGAUCCCCUUCAUACGCGAGGCUGAACGACUGCGGCUCAAGCACAUGGCAGACUAUCCUGACUACAAAUAUCGACCUCGGAAGAAGGUGAAGUCAUCCAGCGGCAAAAGCGUAGAGAAGGGGGAGCGCGUCAGCGGCAGCCCGGGCGCGAAGUCUGCAUCCAAAAAGAGCUCGAAAACUCUUAGCAGGACGCACAGAAAGUCCGCUGCGCUUGAACUGCCUUCUCACUCAGUCCCUGCAGACCACCACGCUCUCUACAAAUCCAGGUCCGCGUCCGCCGCAAAGCAAAUACCCGACAAACCAGCAAAACGCGCGCAUGUGUUCGGAGGAUGCAGCACUGACAGCAGCCCGCCCUCCGUCGCUGUGCCCGCCAGUCCCACUCUGAGCAGCUCGGCGGAAUCCAGUGACCCGCUGAGCCUGUACGACGACGGACUCGCCAGCGGAAAAGAAGACACCGAGUCCGCGGCGCGCUACAAAUACACACGCGCACCGUCUCCAACGCCCUCCGCGUCGCACUCAUCCUCCUCACAUUCAUCUUCGUCAGACGAGGAGUUCGAGGACGAGCUUGCGGACCUUAGUCCCGGCUUUGACAGCUUCAGCACCUUUGGCACUGCGCCCCUGGACAGAGACUUGGAGUUCAAUUUUGAGUCUGGCUCCGGCUCGCACUUUGAGUUCCCCGAUUACUGCACACCAGAGGUGAGCGAAAUGAUAUCAGGGGACUGGCUCGAAUCGACAAUAUCCAACUUGGUAUUCACUUAUUGAACUAUAGUAACGAAUCUGAUUUAAAAGACAGAUUGAGAAAAAUAUAUCUUUAUGACUGUCGUAAAGACGGAGGGCUGAAAAGUCCUCCGAGACGAGUCAGACAACGAGUCAACGACACGAUUCCUCCUGUUUAUCAUGCAUCAGAGACUGUGGGUUUUCAUUAUCCACUGACAAAAGUGCAGAUGAAAGUGCUUAGCUUGCUCGUUUGGUGCUGGAAGGAGUGACUUGACGCGCGCGCUUUGGAAGAAGAGGACGGCAUUGCGCGGUGGUGAAGUUCAACUUAUCCACCCGCUUUAACGUAAAAAAGGGACGUUUAAAAACAGUCUGGUCAAAUGCUUGUUUUGGUGGAGGUACUGAACGGAGAAAGGCGUUUUGUGACCAGAAUCGCAUGCUUUCAUUACGAUGUAACCGCGAAAGCGUAACUGGUGUUGAUUCAUUGAAACGGAACGGCAGCGCUUCAUCAGACGCAAAAAGACACACAAUCACCAGCUUUUCUGUCGACAUGACAUCAGGAUUCAAACGCAACUCAGAUGAUUCAACUCUUUACACUACAAAUCAGGACCAAAAUUCAUCCGAGGAGCGUUCUGUCUCUCUCUCUCUCUCUCUCUCUCUACUUUUCACUUUUCCAUCAUCUCCCGACUAACUUUUCCGUGCUGGCAUUUUUAUAUCGAUGUAUUUAUAAUGGCCCAACAGUGCUCCUCCUUUCCCCUCUCCCCCCUCUUCAAUUGUGUUCUAGUCUGUCUGUUGUGUGUAUAGUCUGCACAUGCACAUGUCCGUCUUUGUCGCGGAAGGGCUAGACUCGUUUCGUAUUAUUUAAUUGACCUCUCAUGCGGAAAGGAGAUUAAAUGUUUCAUUAUUU